AGACCGCUGACCCGGUACUUUCCAGUCACAGAUUCGAAUUUCGAUCUUCGCCAGUACAUCGAGAUGUCGGGUCAUAAUCUGGACAUAAACAGAGAUGUCCAGGUUGAAUCUUUUAGAUGUUCGGGCUAUCUACAGAAAAUGGGACGGAAAUGGAAAAAAUGGAAACGUAGAUGGUUUGUGUUUGAUCGCUGCAAGCGCAACCUCUCCUGCUACACAUCGGAGUUUGACCUUCAAUCGACCACGCGCACUGCACCGGCGCCUACAUCCGCCUACUACUUCCAAGCCAUUCGCGACGUCUUCGCCGACCACCUCCACAUGGUCAAGAGUCCCUACCCUGACUACACAUUCUGCGUCAAACUGACCGACAGAGGACUCUUCCUUAUGGCAAACAGCUGUGACGUCAUGAGAAUAUGGAUUGACGUCAUUUUCACCGGAGCUGAAGGAUUUCAGGAGUGA